AUGUCGCCUUCUUUCCACAAUACCCCUAAAACCAACGACCUCUCGAAACGCCGGCGAUUUCAACCACCCAUCACCACCUUCUUUCCUAGUUCUUCAGAAUCGGCACCCGCUUGCGAUGCGCACAUCUCAUACAAUCACUACUCCGCCAGAACCUACUCCUCCACCCCCACCGUCCCCGCAACGGUCCAGUCCUCCCUUCUCUCGGUCGGCAUGCGUGUCCGCAAAUCCAUCGCCGACGGCUACAAAACCAAUGGGUCCAAAAUCGACGCCAAAACAACCUUCCCCUCAUACGACCCCACCGCCCUGCAUCGCAAUGCAGGCGCCCAUGCCGAACUUUCUCCGUUCUGCGGCACGAACUACAACCACAACAGCAACCAGCUCAUCACAGACGACGGAGACGCUUUCUCGCUUCCAGCUAGCAGUCAAGAAUCGGCUGCUUCGUACUCCACUCAACCGACUGCUCAGAAACGCACCUUUGACGCCGACUGGGCAGAUGACGAUUGCGACUUUGAGUCCGAUAGUUCGACGAAUCUCGCCGCAAGCAAUGGGCACAGCGUGACUGUCACCGCGGGACGGAAAUAUCUUGCGCCCAAGCUAUCACACCAGCGACGUCGGUUUGUUGCCCUGCAGCAGCAGAGAACGAUGGAUGUCGAUGACUUUGAUGAAGCGUCGUUCCUGCGACGUCGGGAGGAGGUCGAUAUGGAUUAUGUCCCGGGGCGUGAAAAUGACCAGGAGAUUCAGAUGAGUGGGGUUUGA